AUGGCCUCACCCACGGCUUUCGUUCCCACGGCGGUGAAGCCGCCAGUGGCCGAACGAAGCUUGGGCCCCCAUUCGACCCGCCUUGCACCGUCGCAAUCUCAAGGUACCUCAGCACAUCGCGUAGCAGGCGGUGCAGCUGCAACGGUGGCAGCGCUCCUGGCGCGGCAGCCGGGCAAGCGCCGCCGGAGCGCUGUCCAACGUUCUGCCACAGCUCUAGAGGAGGCCCCGAAGAAGAUUGCGGAGGAGGCCAUCAAAGCCGCCGUCGCAUCCGCAGAUCGCGCAGGUGAUCCUGGCUCCGACAAGGAUCAGCUCAGCGAUGACAGCAUCCGCACUAGCUACGUCUCGCAUCAGCGCACUGGGGAGGAUGGCGAAGUGGACGAAGAUGGCCUUCCCCUUGUCUACAACAGUGCUCUCAUCAACAGCUACUGGGGUAAGAACGCAGGGGCGGUCACCGGGCGAUGGUCCGACUUCUUGGGGGUCGCCACCCCGUGGAUCGCCAGCGCUUUCUCUGCUGCGAUGACAGGCCGCUGGUCCGAGGAGGAGCGCUCUUUGGCCAAGGAUGCGGUGAAGUCGAUGCAAACCCUGGGCCCCACCUUCAUCAAGCUGGGCCAAGUGUUGAGCAUCCGCCCCGAUGUGCUGUCGCCUGUGGUCAUGGAAGAGUUGAGUUCCCUUCAAGACGACAUUGCCACCUUCUCCACGGAAGAGGCGCGCGCGAUCAUCGAGAAGGAGUUGGGGAAGAGUGUGGACGAGGUUUUUUCCGAGUUUUCAGCGGAGCCUGUGGCCGCAGCGAGCUUGGCCCAAGUCUACAAGGCCAAGUUGAAGGACACUGGCGACGAGGUGGCUGUGAAGGUCCAGCGACCGGGUGCCCUGCCAACCAUCAGCCGCGACCUGUAUGUCAUGCGGAAAGCUGCAGCCGUCACUACCGACCUUGCAUCGCGAUUCACUAGCCAGCUCACUGACUGGAAGGCUCUCGUUGAAGUGUUUGGAGAAGGCCUCUACACAGAGCUCGACUUCCGGAAUGAGGCCUUGAACCAGCAGAAGAUGAAGAAGCUCAUCGCGUCCGAACCGCGCUGCUCCCGCGUCAUGGUCCCUGAGGUUUUCAUGGACUAUACGACCCGCCGGGUGCUCGUUUCCCAGUGGGUGGACGGCACCAAGCUGACGAGCCUCUCGUCCGAGGAAAUCCUCGAUGGCAUCGCUGAUGCGCAGGAGUGUUUCCUUCAUCAGCUGCUCACAUGGGGGUUCUUCCACGGUGACCCCCAUCCUGGAAACCUUCUGCUGAUCAACAGCGGCCCCGAUGAGGGAAAGCUGGUCCUCCUCGAUUUCGGCUUGGUCGCAGAGAUCCCAUCGUCGCAGCAAGACCAGAUCAUUACGGCGAUCAUCCACGUAGGCACCAUGAACUGGGAGGGUUUGAUUGACGACUUCAUUGCGCUGGGCUUCCUUCCGAAGGACUGUGACCGAGCGACGAUUGUCCCUGUGAUGCAGCGCGUGUUGAAGCCCUACCUGAAGGGUGGUGGAGCAAAAGCGAUGAAUUUCUCUGCGCUUGGGCAGGACCUUCUCCAAGCUACGUUGGAGAUCCCUUUCUCCAUCCCGCCCUGGGUGAGUCUUCUGGCGCGAUCCAUUGCCACCCUCGAAGGUAUUGCUCUGGCUGGCAACCCGAACUACAGGAUCGUGGCCGAGGCGUACCCUUUCGUUGUGCGGCAGCUAUUGGAGGGAUCAGACGGCAGCAGCAGGCUCACCUUGGCGCUGAGGGAGCUGCUCUUGGACGCGGAUGGACGGGUGCAGGCCGUCCGACUAUCAGCGCUUCUCCAGGCAGCGCUGGGUGCCGUCGCAUCGGCUGACAACGCCGAUGGAUUCAUUGACUUCGAGGCGGUUCCGGAGCACGGCGCGAACCCGCAGGAAGUUGUGGACUUCCUGCUGUCGCCCUCAGGUCGCAGCUUGAAGCCGCUGUUGGUCCAGGAGCUCUCGACCACUGUGGACCUGGUUGUGCGGACGAGCACUAGAAGAGCCUACCUCGACCUGCAGGCUGCGCUGAAGCCACGCGUGCCCGUCUUCGGUGCCCUGCCCACACCGCCGCCGCCGCCACUGCCGGUGAUCACCCCGAAGGGGCCCAAGAUGGUCUCGCCGGACAGUUUGUUGGAUGCACUCCAGCCAAAGCUCUCCCAAGACGAGGAGCUUUACCUGCAGAGUUCUGCCUCUGUUUUCCUGGCCCUGCUGGGCGUUGACGUGGAUCCGAAGAAAGGCGUCAACACAGAGCUGUCGCCCCGCCGAGUCGUCGAGGUUCUCCGAGCCUUGGCUAGCCAGCGAGACGACGAGGUGCAGCAAGUUGUCAGCGGGCUCCUGUCCAGGACCCGCGGCCGCGGUCUUAUCACGUCCUGGUGGACAGAAGUUGGUGGCAACCUCCGCGAUACCUGGGGAGCCCGGCUGAAAACUCUUUGA